AGUUAUUCAGUUUAUAACCGUCUAUUGAGUCGAUCAGCUGCAACAUGGAGAGUUGAACGAGAAACAUGUCAUAAAUAGCUGCUAUAUUCGGUUUUUAUUGUUAUUAAAAUACCGGUCAAGAGUACUUAAUAUAACAGUUCAAUAUGUUAUCGGAAGUAGAUGUUUUUAUCAGCAAUUAUACUCUCGUUGAUCCUGAAGUUUAUCAACUUUGGGUCGAUGGACAUUCGUCCAGUGACGCUGUUAGUAUUUUACAUCAAAGAGGAAUAUGUCAGCAAACGAGCGCCCCGAUUGAUUUAGUUGCUUCAGAUGUUCUGGAUCAUUAUCGUACUUACUCUCUUCUUGAGAAAUUGCUUCAAACACCUACAAAAUUGGCAAGCGAGCAGCUGGCUUUUCAAAUAGAGCCUCAAACUAGUCACAUGUUGAUUGAAAUGUAUUAUGAAUUCGAUGACGCAGUUGUAAGAGAAUUGUUGGGCAAAAAGCUUACAUCCAAGAGCAGAAAAGAUAUGGAUGAAGUGGCAGAAAAAACAGGAGUCACUUUGAAGAGUUGUAGAAGACAGUACGACAAUGUCAAAAGAGUUUUCAAAGUCGUUGAAGAUUUACCAGGUUCUUUGGUCACAAAUAUAAAACAACAUUUUUUACUACCUGAAGAUUUGGCUAAACGUUACGCAGCUGUAGUUUUCAUCGCGUGUCUAAGAUUUGAAAUGAACAAACGGAAAUUGCAGUUUCUCACGUUUCCCGAUCUCUAUCACUGUGCAAAUGUCAUGAUGGCAUCGUGGUCUUAUCGCUACACAGGAUCGGAAUAUUUUGAUACAGAUUUGGACAAGGAAUUCCUUCUCGAGUUACCAGAGUGUCGAGUCUUGCUGGAGAACGAUAAGCAUCAUAAGCACCUCGUUUGCAUCAAAGUGAAGCCCACGCUCCUGGAUCGUUCGUAUCAAGAAUUAGACACGAACUUCCGAUCUUACUCGAGGUCUAUAUUAGGCAUUGGCUGUAAUCUUCAUCGGUCGCGAGAAUUGAGAUUUUUCUUCCUCGAAUUGGUCGAAAGAUGCAUAGAACCGUGGCGACAAGCAAAUUGGUCUCACACAGAUUUACGAAACUUCUUGGCUGCAUACACGCAAUGUGCUCUCGACAUGGAUGUACUUAGGGAAAGUGUUCUUCGAGACGCUUUCGAGCGCUACAUGAAAGUCGUGUCGAGUUGUCUUCUACGAAUGUAUCACACGUGACAACUGGUAGUUAACGAAGUGAGCAGCGGUAGAGGAGUUAGGAAAAUGUAUAAGGAUCGAAGUCGAAGAAGUACACGAUAAAAAAAUGAUCAUAUAUUACAAUUUAUUUUCAUAUUUUGUUGUUUUUUUUUCAGUUUUUUUCUUUGAUUUCUUUGUUAUUUGUUUUUUGCUGGUAAUAACUCGAUAAAUCGUUCGUUUUUGUUUUUCUCAAUCUCGUAUGUUCUCUGUAAUAAAUAACGCUGACAGCGAGGAAGGAGAGUUUA